AUGAGGGCCACGACUCAUUUUUACAAGACCUUAUGGCAUCUGACCAUCCACUACCUCAUUCCGGUCUCUCACAGCAGCCACCUUGGAUGCAGACUGAGUCUUUCAAACCUGCCUCUGAUAUUUGAGGCUGGUGACAUGUUGAUUGGAGCCAUCAUCCCCUUCCACACAGACAGAGUCUCCCCAACAAUAACUUUUACAGAGAUGCCCCCAGAGGAUGUCUGCUCAUGGUUCCUUUUUGAGACCUACCAGCAGUUCCAGGCAUUGAGGUUUGCAGUGGAAGAAGUCAAUGCAAACCAGAAUGUUCUUCCAAACAGGACUUUGGGGUUCUAUGCUUAUGACUCUUGCUCUGUGAUGCACAAGGAGUUGGAGGGAACUCUGGGCAUGUUGACUGGACACAAUCAGGCAAUUCCAAAUUAUUUACGGUUGGGAAGACCGCCAGUGGCUGCAAUUCUUGGACAUUCUAUGUCCACCUACUCUAUUCUUAUGGCUCAUAUCCUAGGACUAUAUAGCUAUCCACAGAUAAGCCACUAUGCAACAAGUGCUCUUCUAAGUGACCGCACACAGUUUCCAUCGUUCUUCCGGACUGUCCCCAGUGACUCUUUCCAGUCUCAGGGAUUGGCUCAGCUGGUGCUACAUUUUGGUUGGACUUGGGUGGGUUUGGUGGCGAUGGGAAAUGACUAUGGACAGCAGGGCAUUCAGAUCAUUAAACAAGAGAUCCUUCAGGCUGGAGCUUGCGUGGCCUUCUCUGAAGUCAUUCUUCUUAAUCGGGCAGACAGAAAUGCCCCUUAUAUCACGAGGGUCAUCAAACAGUCUACAGCAAAGGCUAUAGUCAUUUUCUCUAUCGACGUCUUCUUUAUUCCGCUCUUGGAUGAAAUGGUGAAGAUGAAUGUUACUGGGAAGGUCUUCAUAGCAAGUGAAGCCUGGUGCAUCUCAACCAUACUUUUAGCAGAUAAAUAUUCUUCUAUUCUUGCUGGGUCUAUUGGUUUUUCUUUUCACAGCUCAACGAUCCCCGGGUUUGAAGAAUACCUGAAGAAGGUCCAUCCUUCUCACCCUCUAGGGCAAACGGUUACCAAGAUAUUUUGGGAAAAGUCUUUUGAAUGCAAGUUUCUUGAUAAAACAGAUCCAGACUGGACUAAGAAUAGCAGUCUUUGUACAGGAGAUGAGACUCUCGAAGCUGUUGAGAACGCGUACACUGAUGUGUCCAACCUGAGGACUUCAUACAAUAUAUACACAUCUGUUCAGGUCACAGCUAAAUCCUUGCAUGACCUUCACAUGUGUCAGAAUGGAAAGGGACCUUUCUCUAAUGGAACUUGUGCAAGGCUUCAGAAUUUUAAACCUUGGCAGCUGACCCACUAUAUACAGAAUGUCCGAGUAAGACUAAAAGAUGGCAGAGAGGUCUUCUUUGAUAAAAAUGGAGAUCUCCCAGCGGUGUACGAUAUCGUCAACUGGCAGAGAAGUGAUGACGGACUCAUAAAGCAUGUUAAGGUUGGAAGCUAUGAUACUGCAUCAACUAAUGGAGACAUCCUGACAAUCAACAGUAGUGAAGUUAUGUGGGCAUCCUCGGAGGACCAGGUUCCUUUGUCAGUCUGCAGUGAGAGUUGUCCUCCUGGGAUGCGGAAGGCUACGAUUAGAGGACAACCCGUCUGCUGCUAUCAGUGUGUUCCUUGCCCACCUGGAGAGAUCUCCAAUGAAACUGACUCCUUGGACUGCUACAAAUGCCCAUUGGACAUGUGGCCAAAUCAGAGAAGAGACAAGUGCCUUCCAAAGACCUUUGAGUUUCUUUCCUUUGAGGAGCCACUUGGUGCCACGCUCACUGGUUUCUCCAUCACCUUGUUUACAAUACCUUUGUCCAUUUUAGGCCUCUAUCUUAAAAAGAAGAAUACACCUAUUGUGAAAGCCAAUAACUACACACUAAGCUGUCUACUUCUGGUGUCUCUUUCUUUCUGCUUCCUGUCAUCUUUAAUGUUUAUUGGUUACCCCCAAUCUAAAAAGUGUUUUUUUCGCCAGGCUGCCUUUGGGAUGGUUUUUACGCUUUGCAUUUCCUGUGUUUUGGCCAAAACUAUAAUGGUGGUUAUUGCAUUUGUUGCCACAAAACCAGGAAGUGGUCUAUUAAAAUGGGCAAAACCUCAGGUGUCCUACUUUAUAAUCCUUGGUUGCUCCCUCUUGCAGUUCAUCUUAUGCACUUCAUGGAUGUCCCUUGCACCUCCUUUCCCAGAACACAACAUUCACACCUAUCCAGGAAUCAUCAUUGUGGAGUGCAAUGAGGGCUCCCCAAUUGCUUUCUGGUGUAUGGUUGGCUAUCUUGGCCUCUUGGCCACCAUAAGCUUCAUUGUUGCCUUCUUGGCCAGAAGACUUCCUGAUAGCUUCAAUGAGACCAAGUUCAUCACUUUCAGCAUGUUGGCCUUCCUCAGUGUCUGGAUAUCCUUUAUCCCAGCCUCUCUCAGUGCUCAGGGGAAAUACACCAUUGCCAUGGAGAUUUUUGCUAUAAUAUUCUCUGCUUGGGCUCUCGUCACCUGUAUGUUCCUCCCUAAAUGUUUCAUCAUAUUAUUCCGGCCUGAUAUGAACACCAAACAGUAUCUUCUGGGAAAACAGAGAAUAUAG